CUCUGGGGAACCCGCCGGUCGCCAUGUGUCUCUGGGCGCUGCUCGUCGUGUCGCUGCUCUGUGGCUCUGAGGGAAAGACCGUCCCCAGAAAGCCCUGGAACAGAAGGUUUUCACCGAUCGGUCGCUACUGGGAGCUCCACGACCUGCGGACUCCAGCGGCGGCAGUUCGCUCUUCACCGAGGUUCACUCUGCUGGCUCCGGACCUGCUGAGGGCCGACAGCCAGGAGAACAUCUACCUCCAGGCCGACGGGGCCCCCGGCCCCUUCACGGCCUCCAUCUCCAUCCUGGACUUCAGUAAGACCACCUCGCUCUUCAGGGACUCGGUCUCACUCGGCCCGGACAAUGGAUUCCACGCUCUCAAGGCGAUACAGCUCCCCUCGGAUCGUUUGAGCCGCGAAGAGGAAAGGAACAAGUUUGUGUACCUGAAGGUGGACUUCGGGGGCUUCCACUCCGAGGAGAGGGUUCUGAUGGUGUCCUUUCACUCCGGAUACAUCUUCAUCCAGACCGACAAACCCAUCUACAACCCCGGAGACACCGUUCGAUUCAGAGUCUUCGUGUCCUCUUCGUCCUUCAAGGCCUUUGAGAGCUCCGUCACAAUCGACGUCCAGAAUGCAGACGGCGUGGUGGUGAAGCAGAUCCCCAGGAUCAGAGCGGCCGCCGGCGUCUUCUCCGACACGCUUCCUCUCUCCGAAUAUGUCAAUGAAGGAAAAUGGACGGUGACUGCAAGGUUUGACCACCGGCAGCAGAACACGUUCACCUGUGAGUUCCAGGUGAAGACGUACGUGCUUCCUGCCUUCAACGUGACCCUGACGCCCAGGAAGUCCUUCCUCAGCCUGGAGGACGGCCAGCUGGAGGUGGAGGUGGAGGCCAGGUACCUGUACGGGGAGCCGGUUCAGGGGACGGCCUACGUGGUGUUUGGGGUGAAGGUCAACCAGGAGAUGAGAAGGUUGCCUUCAGUGAAGCAGGUGUCGAAUCUGGAUGGAGGCGUCGUCAGUCUGAGCAUGGAGGAGCUCAAGACGGCUUACCCCAACGUCAGGUUUCUGGUGGGCAAGUCGUUGUAUGUGAAGGCCUCUGUGCUCACCAAGUCAGGCAGCGACCUGGUGGAAGCAGAGAAGACGGGCAUUAAAAUAGUGGCGUCUCCGUACGUGGUCUCCUUCAAAGACAUACCCAAGUACUUCAAGCCGGGCCUCCCCUUGGACUUCACAAUCCAGGUGAGCCACCAUGACGGCUCCGCGGCCCGAAACGUUCGGGUCACCGUGAAGCUGCUGAACACGGCCGUGGUCGUCUCCGGCGGCGGCAACGGCAGAAUGACCAUCAAUAUGCCGGCUGACCGACGCCCACAAACCAUCACGGCUGAGACCACGCAGGCCGACCUGAGCCCGGAGCAGCAGGCCCAUCAGCAGGUCACCGUCCAGCCGUACGUCCCCUUCAACCGGCACCAGCAGAACUACCUGUACAUCUCCACGGCAACCAACGCGGUGUCCUUAGGAGAGCGUCUGUCCCUGCAGCUGAGCAUCGUUCCUUCAGACCCGACGCACAGAGAGUUCAUCAGACACAUCACCUACCUGGUGCUGAGUAAAAGCAAAAUCGUUGUUGCCGAGCGCGUGGACGUGACGGGUCAGCUGGUCACCGCCGUCGGGCUGACGGUCACCCCGGAGAUGAUGCCAUCGUUCCGCUUCGUGGCGUUCUACGGGAUUCCCUGGGAGGGGCGGGAGGAGGUGGUGUCGGACUCCAUCUGGGUGGAUGUGGCAGAUUCCUGCGUUGGAGGGCUGACAGUCGGGCCGGUGGGCGGCGUUCCUCGAGACUACGCGCCCGGGAAGAGCUUUAGUUUUCAGGUCCGAGGUGACCCGGGGGCAAAGGUCAGCCUGGUGGCUGUGGACAACGCCGUGUAUCUGCUCAACAGGGACAGACUUACCCAGAGGAAGAUUUGGGGCGCGGUGGAGCACGGAGACAUCGGCUGCACCCGAGGGGGGGGCGGCGACGCCCGGUCAGUGUUCUCAGACGCUGGACUGCUCUACGCCUCCAGCGCCGGCUUCCAAACCCAAACCAGACAAGAGCUGCAGUGUCCACGCAGUCUCAGAAGGAGGCGUUCAGCCGAACUGAUGCAGCGUAAAGCCCAGCUGGAGAGUCAUUUCAAGAAGAAGCUGCAGCAGCGCUGCUGUAAGGACGGCCUCAGGGAGAUCCCCAUGCCGUACUCCUGCACGCGACGCUCCCUCUACAUCGCGGAGGGCUGGGAGUGCAUCAAGGCCUUCCGCUACUGCUGCGCCACCUUCAGGAACCAGGCGUUUGACACGGAGAUUCCCACCACGCCGCCACGCUGGUCCACAGCUGCCCCCACCACCACCUCCGCUCCAGACAAUUUUCCAGUCUAUUCUUUUCAGAGAAUCUUUCAAACAUCGGCAAGGAUGCCGCUGUCCCGGCGUACAUUUGAACGUGUUGGACCUGUGAUGUACACCAAGUCUGUAUUAGUCGGACGGCCUGAACUGCAAGCCUUUUCGAAUGCAAACAUAAGGGCGGAAGAACAAGAGGAAAUGGAGGAAGAGGAAGAGGAGUAUCUGGAUGAGACUCAAGUGUAUCUGCGAUCCAAGUUCUACGAGUCUUGGCUGUGGACGGACGUCAACCUGCCCGACCAGGCGGACCGAGACGGGCUGGCGUUGAAGAACGUGGACCAUCCCUUACCCGACAGCAUCACAGAGUGGGGAAUUCUGGCCGUCAGUGCAUCACCUCACACGGGCUUCUGUGUCGCGGAGCCAUACAACGUCAGAGCCUGGAGGCGCUUCUUCGUGGACCUGAAGCUGCCGUAUUCAGUGGCGAGGAACGAACAGGUCCAGAUUAAAGCCGUGGUGCAUAACUACGGCAACGACGACCUGCAUGUGCGGGUGGUGCUGAUGAAGACAGAAGGCAUGUGCAGCAUCGCCUUCAAAGACAAACACACGCAGGAAGUGAGUUUGCCGGCCGGCUCUUCCGUCACGGUGCCGUACACCAUCGUGCCGCUGGUGGUGGGGAAACUUCCUCUGGAGGUGAUGGUGGUCGCCAGAGGUAUGGGAGGAGACCGCAUCCAGAAACAUCUCCGGGUGGUGCUGGACGGAGUGCAGAAGACGAAUGUUUACAGUGUGGAGUUGAACCCGUCUGCUGAGGGAGGAACGCAAACUGUUCGCGUGGGCAAGAUCAAACUGAAGUCCGUUGUGCCGAACUCUGUGCCAGAGACAUUCAUCAAUGUCAGAGGCAACGUGUUGGCGGACAGCAUUGAUAACUCCCUCAGUGAGGACUCCCUGGCCUCCCUGAUCCGGAUGCCCGGCGGCUGUGUGGAGCAGAACUUGGUGAGCAUCUCUCUGCCGCUCAUCGCCACGCUCUACCUGGAGCGAACCAACAACUGGGAGAGUGUAGGUGUGGAGCGCAAGGCUGAAGCUCUCCGCUACAUCAAGAGAGGCUAUGAGAACCAGCUGGCAUUCAGAAUGAAUGAUGGCUCCUACCCCCCCUACAAGAGGGAAGGCGCAAGUACAUGGAUCACGGCGUACGUGGUGAAAGUCUUCUCCAUGGCUUACUCCAUCAUCGGCAUCGAUGAGCAGCACGUGUGUGAGCCUCUGAUCUACCUCGUGACGAAGAAACACGAGCUUCACAGGGGCAACUUUGUGGAGAGCAAUCCGGUUUACAGCACGACCAUGACGGGCGGUCUCCGUGGUGACGACCCCGAGACGACCCUGACGGCCUUCGUCCUCAUCGCGCUCGCUGAGGCCAAGCGGGCCGGGAUCGGCUGCACCGGUCCAGAUGUAGAGGAAGUUGUCCGUAAGACGGCUGAAUACCUGAAGCGAGCGCUGGUGGCGGCGGGGAGGAGGCCGUACACCGUGGCCAUCGCCUCCUACGCGCUGGCUCUGCUGGGGGGGGGUCAACGCUACGACCCGACGCCACCUUUACUCCGAGCUGCAGCUCCAGGUGGCAGCCACUGGCCCGACACCCAGAACCCCUUGUUCAGCUUGGAGGCCACAGGCUACGCCCUGCUGGCUCUGGUCAAGUUGGGGCGCCUGGAGGAAGCUGCAGCGCCGUUUAAAUGGCUGAACAGCCAGCGGAGGCGGGGGGGCGGCUUCGGCUCCACUCAGUCCACCGUGGUGGUGCUGCAGGCGCUGUCAGAGUACCUCAUUCACAAACCUCCUCCGGCUGACCUCAGUCUGGAUGUGGACGUCAAGAUGACGGGGCGCAGGGACGUCCGCUACCACUUCAACCCCCACACCGCCUACAUGGCCCGCUCCUCCCGGCUGCCUGCUAAUCUUGAUUUGGAAGUGGAGGCUCGAGGGAACGGGCGGGGAAUACUGGAGGUGGUGACUUAUUACAACCAACUUCACGAGGUGGAUGAGAAAACGCCCUGCAAGGACUUUGAGCUCAACGUCUCUAUCGAAGAAUCCAGCGACAAACCUCCAGCUGAUGUAGUAAAGUCCUACCAGAUCACCAUCAAAGUCAGGGCUUUGGGACCCAGAGAGGUCCGGAUGGUGGUUCUGGACAUCAGUCUGCCCACCGGCUUCACCGCAGAACACUCUGACCUGGAGAAGCUGUCAAACUCCGUGGACAGUUACAUCAGUAACUUCCAGACAGUUGAUAACCUGAGUGACCGAGGCUCUCUGAUCCUCCACCUGUUCAAGGUGUCUCACAAAGAGCCCGAGAUCCUGAUCUUCAGGCUGCAGCAGAGCUUCAAAGUCGGCCUCCUCCAGCCGUCCUCGGUCACCGUCUACGAGUAUUACAACCCAGAUCACCGCUGCAGUCACAGCUACUCUCCCAAAGAGGACCAAGAGGAGCUCACUCAGAUCUGCAGGGACAACGUCUGCCGCUGCACGCAGGGUGACUGCUGCGUCUCCAGAAGCGACAGUGAAAACUUCCCCAACAAAGAAAGAGAGACGUUUGCAUGCAUGAAUUUACACCACGUUUUCCGGGUGAAGGUGCUGAAUGUCACCCAGAGCUACUACGACAAAUACGAGAUGGAGAUCACACAAGUUGUCAAGCUGGGUGUGGAGGCAGGAGUUGAAGUGGGCCAGAGGAGGUUUUUCAUGUCCCACGGAGGCUGCAGAGAUGGACUGGUCCUGCAGCAGGGCUCCCAGUACCUCCUCAUGGGCCCCAAGGAGGACCAGUGGAACAUUGAAGUUGACACCAGCAGGUUCAUGUACAUGUUGGGAGAGGCCACCUGGGUGGAGCGCUGGCCUUCCCCUGCAGAGUGCUCCUCCAGCCCCAGCCUGCAGGCCAAGUGCAGGAGUCUGGAAGAUGCCGCUCAUGAACUGUCCAUCCACGGCUGCCGGCUGUAGAGGUGUCUGAGCUGCAGCUGAACGCCGCGCUUAUCUGCAAUCAUAUUUUUCUUGCAGCAAUGGAAAGAUGUCUGUGCACAUGAAUACACACCGAUAACUCAAGUUAUCUGUGAUCCAUUUCGGGGGACAAAUGAACAGAAAGUGGAGUCGAAUACGUCAACACACUCAUGAGGUGUCUCUCUAUGAGAGGGACCGCCAAGGAAGCCAUCUAUUCGUAUCGACUGGGGUUAAGACAGCCACUCACUCAUCGAGAGGACAACGCUAAAUACAUGUUCUUGAGUCUGAAAUACUCAUUACAUUCUGUAUUAAUUAGAGACAAAAUGGGCUGAUUAAAAAUAUCGAGCCAAACUCAUGUUCUGUUCAAAUUUGGAUAUCUGUAAUAUAUACAUGCGUGUAAAUAUAUAUAUGCACAUAUGUGUAUAUAUAAUUAAUUAAGUGGAGUUUAGAUCUCAGAAGAGCAAAUAAAAGCAUAUAAACUGGACGACAAGAACAGGCCAAGGAACACAGAGUGUAUAUCGGAAAAUAUGUAACACCAGAAAAGUUGAUUGUAAUGAUGAUUCUCUGAAGAUGAUUAAAAGCACUGGAAAGCUCAAUAACUGGUGCGUGAGUUCU